AUGAGCCCUUCAGCAGUGAGCAGCGACGAACCUAUCGUUUCCAAGAACACUUACCGCCCAAAUAUCUACUUGCUUGAAGAAUUCCCCCCAGCUGCAGUGGAACAAUGUCAAGCUAGAUUCCACACCAUCCUGCCCUCAGAUCCUGAGGUGAGAAAUUGGAAGGAGAACGCCGAGUCUAUACUGGUCCGGGAAAAGAUUAUCUCCGCGGGAGAUAUUGCCGGAGCCAAAAGGCUACGGGCGAUUGGAAAACAGGGCACUGGAAUUGAUAUCAUUGAUAAGGAGGCCUGUGACGAGCGUGGGAUUCCAAUUCUCAAUACCCCUGGAGUAAAUUCCGUCUCGGUGGCCGAGCUCGUGAUGGCCUUGACCAUGGGACUCAAGCGUCAGCUUCACACUAUAUCUAUCAAGCAAUCGGCUGGUGUUGAGGUGAGGAAAGAGCACUGUCAGGGCACUAUGAUGUCCGGAAAGUCUGUUGGUAUCAUUGGUAUGGGUGCCAUCGGUACCGAUGUUGCCCGUAUGUUCCAAGGCGCUUUUGGCUGCCAUAUCUUUGCCUAUGACCCCUUUGCCCCCGAGAAUGCUUGGAAGGACAUUCGCCACACCCGGGUACAGAAAUUCGAGGAGAUGCUUCCCGAGGUCGGUAUGCUCACUUUGCAUAUUCCAUUGACUCCGCAGACAAGAGGUCUCAUAUCUAAGCGCCAUUUCCAGAUGAUGCGAAGUCAGGCAGUUAUUAUCAAUGUGGCACGUGGCGGUAUUAUCCAGGAAGACGACCUGGUUGAAGCACUAGAGACAGGGCUUAUUGCGGGAGCUGGACUCGACUGUCACGAAGUCGAGCCGCCAGUUCUUGGAAAAUAUUCACGGCUAUGGGCAACGGGAAGGGUCAUCAGCACUCCGCAUAUUGGGGCGACGACAGUUGAGACGCAGGUGAGGACUGCCACAGCGGCCAUGGAUAGAAUCUACGAGUAUCUCAACACUCACCGCAUUUAG